GGAAAAAAAUGUCAAGUGCGCGCAAAAUUUGAAAGGCCCCCUGUAGUGUAUAUAAUACAUCUUAAUGAAUUCUAUUGAGGAUUUAGACAUAAAUCCAAAAAUUAAGACGUCUUUGAAAAAAGUUGGGUUGGCUACGUUUGGAAAAAUCUUGACGCUUUCAAUACAAGACAUUCAAAGAUUGGCCAAAUUAAGCUACGGAGAGGUAACAGGAGUUAAAACUGCUAUUGCUCAGCAAGUUGUGACCCAGCCACCCCUCACAGCUUUUGAUAUACAGAGAGGUACAGAGAAAUGCCCAGAGAGUUUGAAGCUGGGAAAACUAUCCACAGGUUGCAAGCAAAUUGAUGAAGUUUUAAGAGGAGGGAUUUUAACAAGGGGGAUAACUGAGAUAUGUGGCGAGAGUGCUAGUGGAAAGACACAGUUUUGUCUACAGCUCUGUCUGAGUGUACAACUACCCCCAGACUUAGGAGGCUUAGCAGCAGGUGCUGCAUAUAUUUGCACUGAAGAUGCUUUUCCGAGUAAAAGACUUGGUCAGAUUAUCAAUUACGUGAGCCGACGAUCAGAGAGGCACAGACAGAUAGCAUUUGGAGAUCAGAUUUUCAUUGAACAUGUACCAGAUCUGGACAGUUUGAAUGUGUGCAUACAUCAGAAACUACCCCAUUUAUUGUCAAGUGGAAAUGUGAAGCUACUGGUCAUAGAUUCUGUGGCAGCCGUGUUCAGGAGUGAUUAUGACUUAAAGGACAUGUACAAACGCUCUAAGCACAUGGCUUCUCUUGCUGCAAGUCUACAACAGCUCAGCUCUAAAUACUGUCUACCUGUUGUUUGUGUUAAUCAGGUGACAGAUUCUAUGCAGACAGCUGUUAAGAGCAAGGUUCCUGCCCUUGGACUGGCAUGGUCUAACCAGGUCACAUCUAGACUGAGUCUGGCUAGAACAAGUCGAGAACUUGAUCUCCCAAGAACAAUGCUCAAUGGAGCAGUGGUUGGCGGAUUUUCCACAUCUAUUAGGACACUAGAAGUUGUGUUUGCACCCAAUCUACCUAACCUUACUAUUAUGUAUGUGAUUGAUCAGGAGGGCAUUAAAGCUUUAACAUAAGA